CGACGAUGGCCCGCGGGCUCCGUGCGCGCUGCCGCAGCCGUGCGGGCUUGGGCCGCCGCCCGGCCCCGAGAGGCCGCCCCCGAUGGGGGGUCGGCGCCGUGCACCCGAGCCUGGCUCAUGGCCGAUGCCCAGGGGCCGCCCGGCGAGCAGCUCGCGGAGCAGAUCGAGGAGGCGCCGGCCUGGGCCGGAGGGCUCGGUGGCGAGCCGCCCCAGUAUGGCGGCGGCGGCGAGGGCGGCGCCGCGGCCGCGGCACCCGUGGAGCCCCUGGGCGAGCACGCCGCGGCCGACGUGAGCGGGCGGCUCGGCUGCGCCCGCGGCGGCGCGGGCCG